GUACAACGUUCUCUAAUCUGUAUAAAUAAACACAGAUUUAGGUAGGUUGGUUUAACAGUGUAUCAGUUAAAGCUGAAUGAUGAUGAAAUACACGGACUUAGUUAUUGUUCUUUUCAUUGUUUAUAUCACAGGAACCGUACAGUGUGACGAGCUGCCUGUUUGUGAUGAUGGUUGGUUUCCCUUUAACAACACUUGUUACCUGGUGAACAAUAUCAAAAGCAUCUCUAGAUCCGCCGCAGAGGCCGAGUGUUCUUAUUAUGAUUCCAGUUUACUGCAAAUAGAUACGAGUGAACAAAUGGACUACCUUGUCAGCUUGAUGAAAAUGCACCCCAGCAGUGGUUAUUGGACAGGCCUAAAUGAUAUAUCAAGGGACAUCCUGCAGAAAAAAGGAACAGGAAUUUGGAAAUGGGGACAUUUUCAUCCAGCCGAUGAAACUAUGAUACAAUGGAAUCUGUCACCAACUAAUGACGGUCAGUCCAACUGCGCUGGAAUAAAUAUACAAGGCAAAAUGGAGGAUAGAAACUGUGACUCAAAACAAGGAUUUAUUUGUAAAAUUGGUCAAAUGCUAGAAGGAUGCCCUCUUGGCUGGCUAGAAACUCAAGAUUAG